AUGAUGGUGGAAAAUGAUUGAAAAGGUCGAAGGCAAAAAUGAGCGUACGUUGCAGUGUGAAAUUGUAGUAAAAAUAGUGAAAAAUUUGGCUGAUUUUCUCGCAUGACCGAUAGACUGUGAGGCGAAGCAACGGAAGUGCAUGUGAAUUUCGUGGGAAACGGAACGAUUUCGUAGGACGUUAGAAGUGAAGUUAGUGGGCAAAACGGUAAGGUGAUUGGCCUCCAUAACAAGUACAAUAAUACGCAAUCUCACGGAAGAGUGGGGAUUUUCGUUACACUCGAAUCCAGGCCAACUGUAGCAGCAGAAGAAGAAGGAGGAGGAAACUAUUCAUCAGCUGGAAGCCAUUGUUGCUGUUUUUUUCUUUUUUUGUGUCGAUAGAGCACUAUGAGCGACAAUUGGGUCGGCAAAUCGGUUUCGAUCCAGUGCCGCGGGGACAUUGGCGUGUUCCAGGGCGUCAUCAAACAGGUCAACCCGGUGGAGAUUGUGAUAACGAAAGCCGUGCGGAAUGGGAUUCCGCUGAAGAAAACGAGCGUCGAAGUGACACUUACCUGCAAGGACAUUGUGCGGCUGGAGCUGAUUUCCAGUUCGAAUGUGCCGAAUCUGCUGCCGGUGAAGAGUCAACAACAGCAGCAGCAGCAACAGCAGCAGCAGCAGCAGCAGCAAUCUCAACAACAGAACCAAGGCCAACAGCAGCAGGGACAGAGUCAGUUGGAGGCAUCUGUCGUCAGUGGGUUGGACAGUUUGAAGCUAGGAAAGACAAAUGGGAGCAGCGGUAGAAACAAGACUCCUCCGAACGAAAACAGACAGUACAAUGGAAAGCUGUCGGCGAAAUCGCCGGGACCGAACAAGUAUGCAAACGGGCAGCAGAAGAAUGGUUUUGAGUGUGGAUCAGCCAAGAGCACAAGCCGUCCGAUUGAGAUUAAUGGCGGGCCUUCCUCGCAGAAGGGAAAUUCCUUUGCAUCGUACAAAAAUGAUACCCAAAAGAAAAAGGCUCGCAACGGGAAUGGGAACGGCAAUGGGAACCGGUUUGCGAAUAAGAAUUCGGCUUUCGGAACUCCCGUGGAUGAUCCGAUGAUGGAUGAGGAAUUUGAUUUCGAGAAGAAUUUGGCUUUGUUUGAUAAGCAAGCCAUCUGGGAUGAGAUUGAUGCCAUUCAGCAGAAACCGGACCUGCUCCGGCAGACGGUUUCCUCUGCAAAUAGAAAGUAUCGCCAUGACGAAAAUGUCCUCGCAUCGGAACCGAUCCAAUAUCGACAGAUUGAGUUAGAGACUUUAGUAGUAGAAACAUCAGCCGCGAACGGUGGAACCUGCCAAGAGUACGUAACGGAUGAAGGUUUGGUAAUACCGUCGGUUCCACGUAGCACUAGGAACCUGAUUCAGCAAUUGGCUGAGAACCAUGGCCUAGUGAUGGACCGCCAAAAUGAUCUCCUAGCCCGAGGAGCUACCGAGAUUGCACUGCAGCUGCUCGGAGGGUCACGGCGCCUGACGCCCAACAAUCAGCACCAGUGGCCCAAGAUUGUGAUCGUUUGUGAUGAACCGUACAAUGCAAGACUGAGCGAGAUAGGAAUUACCACCGGCCGGCUGUUGGCUUGCCACGGACUCAAGGUGGUGGUGUACGUAUCCUGUGCGACCAAGUCCACCCGGACCAGCCACGAGCUGGAACUGUACGCGGCCACAGGGAAUCUCUUUACGUUUAAUGUUAAUGCGCUUCCAUCCUCGGACCUGGUUAUUGCGGCCAUCAAAUCGCACCGCCCGGCCGAACCACUGCGCAAGUGGCUUUCGGAAAGCCGUGCUCCGGUGCUGGUGAUUGACCCGCCAGACGGUGGCCUGGACGCCAUUUCGCCCAAAUGCUCAAUUCUGCCCAUCUUGCCACUGAACGACCUCGGGCCGGAAGUUGUCACCGGCCGGCUGUACCUGUGCAGUCUGGGCAUUCCGGACAAGUUUUUCACCGAUUCGGGCAUCAAGUACAAAUCACCCUUCGACAAAGCCGUCAUUCCGAUCCACCGGCGAAAGGAUUAAUCAUCGCCACAGAACAAAAAAAAAAAAAAAAGCGCCAGUAUCCGUUUUUUGAAGGAAGCCAAAUGAAGCGAACAGCAGGAGAAUUUUCAAUGGCCGUGACAGCAUUUUAAUUGUGUAUGAGAAGUCUCUUUGUUAGCGAAGCACGGCCGAAUCAGUCUGUUUGAGACGGAUGUUUUUAGAGUUUUUACUUUUAUUUUGUGGACGAAUCCUAGCAAAGUAGCAAAAGAGACAACGAAGAGAAGGUAAAUAUGAAAGAAGAAGUAAACAACGGAGGAUAGUUUCCUGAUGGGAAGGCGUUUAUGAUGGCAUGGUUGAAGUGUUGCUGAAUGACGAACAAAUCAAAGCGACAAUAAAUUCGACCGGAACCAAGGGUGUAAACGCC